ACCGUAAGGAGAAAGACACAGAUCCAGUAAAAUUAUGACGGCAGAAGAUGAAUCGGGAAACAAUUAUUUAGUGCUUUCUCAUUGCGUGUUUGUACCAAGCCUCUUUGACGGACCGUCAUAAUAGGCGGAAGAGACAUUACAGGAGGUUUUUUUGUAACGUAGAAGAAUUGAGGACGCCAAAGAAUUCUCUGCGAGUCAGCUCGUCAACGCUCAGAACCUUCUGGCCAGGCGCAAGGCGCACAUUCAUGCAAAUUUCAUAGGCGUGCCUUCGGGCGAUGGGGUCACAGGCGGAACUCCCACGAGCCUGAUAUACAAACCAGUUCGAUACAAAUGAUCAGCAGAAGUAAGCUUCGCUCGCAGUGUAGUCGGCUAAGUGGAUAUUUUACGCGGACAAGACUGACAGAAGCGUCCGCGAACCGAAAAAGUGAAGCAUCGGAGAAGACCUACUAUUGCUCCCCAAUAUCUAUCAGUGCUGCAGUCAGACGCCUGCAAUCCGCAACCCCUCAGCAAGUUUAGUAAGGCAAAGACAUUUGCAUUGAUGUAAUUAAUUUUUCUCUGCGACAUCAAGGACGCACGAAGCAACACAUUUAUCAGGCUUCCGACUACCAAUGCAGAAAACUAAAACAGGUUGAUACUUAUUCAGAUUACCACUAUUACAAAGAAGACAUUUCCAACCUUUUUGCAGUUUUUUUAAACAAAGCUUAACGAUGGCAGACGACGAUAUUAGUUUAGAGAAUAACGAUGCUACUGGCAGUAGUUGCAAUUUUAGUGUUCUAAGCUGGGAGCAAGUGCAGCGUCUGGACAGCAUCCUAACGGAGACCAUACCCAUCCAUGGUCGGGGAAACUUCCCUACUCUGGAGAUGAAGCCCCGCCAAAUAGUCAAAGUGGUUCGCAGUCGCAUGGAAGAGCGAAACAUACAUGUACGAGAUGUGCGUCUAAAUGGCUCCGCAGCGAGUCAUGUUCUGCACGAGGACACCGGACUCGGGUACAAGGACUUGGAUCUGAUAUUUUGUGCUGACCUGAAAAGCGAGACGGAAUUUCAAAUGGUCAAGGAUAUUGUUUUGGACUGUCUACUUGAUUUCUUACCGGUUGGAGUGAACAAGGAAAAAAUUACUCCACUGACCUUAAAGGAGGCUUAUGUGCAGAAGAUGGUGAAGGUGUGCAAUGACUCGGACCGGUGGAGCCUCAUCUCACUGUCCAACAACCGUGGCAAAAACGUGGAGUUGAAGUUUGUGGACUCGCUGAGGCGGCAGUUUGAGUUCAGCGUGGACUCCUUCCAGAUCAAGCUUGACUCCCUGCUGCUGUUCUACGAGUGCUCUGAGAACCCCAUGACCCAAACGUUCCACCCCACCAUCAUCGGCGAGAGCGUCUACGGCGACUUCAGCGCCGCCCUGGACCACCUGCGCCACCAGCUGAUCUGCACACGGAACCCCGAGGAGAUCCGCGGCGGCGGGCUGCUCAAGUACUGCCACCUGCUGGUGCGCGGCUUCCGCGCCGCCUCCGAGUCCGAGAUGAAGUCGCUGCAGCGCUACAUGUGCUCGCGAUUCUUCAUCGACUUCUCGGACAUCGGCGAGCAGCAGCGUAAGCUGGAGUCCUACCUGCAGAACCACUUUGUGGGCCUGGAGGACCGCAAGUACGACUACCUGAUGACCCUGUACGGGGUGGUCAACGAGAGCACCGUGUGCCUGAUGGGCCACGAGAGGCGGCAGACUCUGGGCCUCAUUGCCAUGCUGGCCGUGCGCGUGCUGGGCGAGCAGAAUGUCAUCCCCAACGUGGCCAACGUCACCUGCUACUACCAGCCAGCGCCCUACGUGGCAGAUGCCAACUUCAGCAAUUAUUACAUCGCCCAGGUGCAGCCAAUGUUCCCUUGCCAGCAGCACGCCUACUCUACCUGGCUGCCGUGUAACUGAGGCUAUGCUGACAGACUGAGAGAGGAAAAAACUAGAGAGACAGAGAGAAAACCAUUUGUUCGGAUAGGAGCUGGGUGAUUGGCCCGAGUCUGUCCUGUGUUUUGUUUUCAGUUGAAAUCAGCCAGAGAAAGAAAAAAAAAAAAAAAAAAAAAAAAAAGGUUUGUGUCUCUCUUUGUCCUGGCCUGACACCCAGGCCCCCGUGCUUUCCGUGUACAUCACAGCUUGAACGUGACGGAUUGGGCUUGUUUGGUCUCCAGCUCCUCUGUGAGCCACCCCCCCCCCCGCCCCUCUCCUCUGGCUCAGUGCAUGGUGCUUCUCUGUUGGUGAGACCGUUACUACGGCGACCUCUCUUCAAACAGAACCUGGGGUGGGCCGUGUGUGUUGUUGCCCCUGCUCUCUCCUCGCGUGCAGUGCGGGCCAGGGUACCUCUUGCCUGAGGUCAACCGAGUUCUUUUAGCUAAGAACACUAGCAGCUAUUUCACGCCUGCCACUGUAGAACCUGACCCAGGAUCAGGUGAGUCUUCUACGUACCUUGAGGGAAUUAAAAAAAAAUAAUUUGUGUGAAUUGAAAGCAUAAAAGAUGUGGCGAGUCUAAUGGACUGAAAAAAGGGAACGCUUCUGAGGCACUGUGGCUUUUUUUUGUGGAGUCUGCCUCACAGACUGCAUGGGUGAAGCCGCCUUGCUUUCUGUAGAAUGUGUGCUAGGUGAGUCAGGUUGAGGGCUCACAAAAGCAGGGGUAGAGCACAAAACCUGAGCCCCCCAUGCCUUUUCACCCCCCCGAUACAGCUACAGGGGUCUUAGUCAACCACAGUGAUGUGACUGUCACCGACUCCAUGAGAAACACAUCCAAAUGGACAUGGCUUAUACACCAAAGAUUUGACAAAUAUUUUUUAAGAGACCCACAUUUUAGGGGGGAAAACAACAUAAUUAUUGCUGUCUAUAUUUGUAUAUGUGACCAUAUCUUCUAAGUGCC